AUGAAUUUUCUUUUAAAAAUCAAUACAAAACUUAAAGGGAUAAGUUCGAGGUUAGCAAUUGAGAAAACACCUUCAAUUCCAAUUGAUUCUAAGGUUCCAACCAUCAUCCUUGGCAUAGAUGUGUCUCAUGGCUCUCCUAGGCAGUAUGAUAUUCCAUUAAUUGCUGCGAUGAUUGAAGAUUUAAAUGCGUUGGUGAAACAAGGCCAAGAAGAAUCUAGUCCACCUAAAUGGUGGGAAACUCAGGAAAAUCAAAUCACUACAUUGGAAUCAAGGAUGUCUACUAAUCAAGGUUAUGUUGAGGAGCUGUUAAAGAUCUUAACAAGCAGAAAUGGUGAGCAAGAAAAUUUUACUGAUGAACAGGAUGACAGACCUAUUGCCUAUUUUAGUAAGGCUCUUAGUCCCAGACAUGUUGCCCUCUCUAUUUAUGAAAGAGAGUAUCUUGUUAUUCUGUUAGCAGUCUCUAAGUGGAGCCAUUUCUUAGAAAACAAUCCUUUUGUUAUCAAAAUAGACCAUGAACCUCUAAAGAAAGGUAAGUCAAAUGUAGUUGCUGAUGCCUUAUCUAGACAGUGGAAAGAUCAAGGUCAGUGUCUUGCUAUGGGGACUACAUUAAUCAUUUCUAGUUGGGUUCAAGACGUUGAGGGAAGUUAUAAGGAGGAUUUAUUGGCUAUUGAAUGGAUUUAUAUAUUAACUGUUAAUCCCAAUGAUGAUCCUAAGUGGAAAUACUCUAAGGGUAUCCUUAGAUUUAAGGAGAGGGUAUAUAUUGGUACUGCUGGAGCUCUAGGACUACAGGUCCUUCAAACUAUGCAUGAUUCACCUCAUGGAGGCCAUUCAGGAACCCAAGCCACCUAUUAA